AUGGUUUCUAAGGUGUUUGAUACCACUUCCUCACAUGAACCGUCAUCUGGAAAUACAGUGGUUGUAAGCAGUGAGAGACAGUUGGACGACAUCUCAGGGCAGCGGAGCGUUGUUGGAAAGUUGGAAACUGGCUCUGAGAGUCUCACACCUAUCACGUUCUCAGUGCAGGAGGAUGAUGGUGAGAACCUGUUCCUCCUCAACCCCUUCUCAGGGGAGUUCCUUUUAUCCCGCAGCCUGGAUUUUGAAGCACAAAGAUUUUACAUUCUCACUGUGCUGGUGCAGCGGGGGGAUUCACAGGGAUCUGGUGUCAGGGUGUACUUCAAUGUGUUAGACGUGAAUGACAACCCCCCUGUUUUCCGACUGGGCACCUUCGCUGCCUCGCUGCUGGAAGACGCUCGGGUGGGCACUUGCUUCCUCCCCUUGAAUGUAUCAGAUAACGAUGAUGGUGAAAAUGGAGCCUUGAAUCUGAGGGUGAUCGGUGGAGAUGAGGAGAAAGUGUUCUCCAUAAACACAGCUGGCAUUUUGUGCCUCAACACAGCGUUAGACAGAGAGAGACAACCGCUCUACAAUUUGACUGUGACGGCCAAUGACUGUGUCCAGACUGUGUCUUUACAGCUCACCAGCACGGCGCAUGUUAUUGUGGUGGUUGAUGAUGUCAACGACAACCCUCCCCUGUUUGUGUCAGCUGAAGUAGUCAGUGUACCAGAGGACACUGCUCUUCAUUCUGUCAUAAUGACUGUGCAUGCUGAGGAUAAAGACGUUGGAUCCAACGCAGAAGUUUUAUAUUAUUUGAACAACACUUCCAAGUUUAGCGUCAAUAACAGGAGUGGAGAAAUAUACCUGGAGGAGGCCCUGGACAGGGAACAGGUAGACACCUUGACUAUUACCGUAACGGCCGCUGAUGAAGGCUCACCCAGAAUGGAGGCCAUAAUGAAUCUCGUAGUGCAUGUUGAAGAUGCCAAUGAUCACGAUCCUGAGUUCUCUCAAAGCACUUACAGCUUCGCAGCCAGAGAGGACGUCCCUAGAGGGACAAGCCUGUUCAGGGUUCAGGCUCUUGAUCCAGACAUCGGGAAAAAUGGACAAGUUAGGUACACACUGACCCAGGGGAGUCCGUUUGUGGCGGACGCGGUUCGCGGUGUCAUCUCAGUGAUGGACAAAGUGGACAGGGAGAAGGAUUCAAACUACACCUUGACUAUAACAGCUGUAGAUCAGGGGAAUGUACACAGAACGGCCACUGCUGCUAUCAGUGUCACGGUGUUGGAUGUCAAUGACUUUGCGCCCCUCUUUACUCCACCGACGCUGAUCAUGCAUGUGAGGGAGAACGAGGAGGACCCCGCUCUGCUCACACGUCAGGUAUCUGCUUUGGAUGAAGAUUUAGGCAUCAACAGCCAACUGACCUACGUUAUACAAAAAGGAAAUAUUAACGGUUUGUUGUCCAUCACACCCAGUGGAUUGUUUCAGAUUUUACACAGUCUGGACAGGGAGAGGGAAUCAUCUUACUUGGUCGACAUCGUUGCAGUUGAUUCAGGACUGCCACCUCUGUCAGGAACUUUAACCAUCCACGUCAUAGUGGACGAUGUCAAUGAUAACCGUCCAGAGUUUACUCAGGAGGUCUACAACACGAUGGUGUCUGAGGACAGCCCCGCAGGCACUGUGUUUGCCAUGAUAACUGCAUCUGACAUUGAUGAGGGAGUCAGUGGAGAACUAAGUUAUUCCAUGGAGAACUUUGAUGUGCCUUUUGACAUCGAAGAAACAUCUGGCGAGCUGUUUACAACCGAUGUCCUGGACAGGGAGACAGUAGCCAUUUACAGGUUGAUGGUGAUUGGCAUUGAUCGACAUCCUACUCAUCCUCUGUCAAGCUCAGUACUCGUCACUGUUCUCGUUGGAGAUAUUAACGACCACUGGCCUCAGUUUAUGAACAGCCCCUAUGUGGCCUAUGUGCCCAAUGAGAUGGAUCCAGGCUCAGUUGUUUGUGCAGUAGGAGCAACAGAUGGAGAUACUGAAAUGAACGCAGAACUGCAUUUUUCGCUGUAUGGACAAAGUUCAGAUCUGUUUUCCAUCCAUCCAGACAGCGGCACAGUAACGGCUUCAAGCGCUCUCUGGAGAGCGGAAGAUAUCACCGUCCGUGUUCACGUGGAAGACGCUGGAGAAAAACCUAAAUUUGACGUCUCUACAAUCUGCGUCCGGUUUCAGAACGUCUCUGAUUUUCCAGAGAUGACCGUGGAUGUUCUGAGGGAUUUCCUCUCUGAGGACGAGCCGGUGGGAACAUUAGCUGCAGUUGUCUCUGCAUCGAGCGCCAGAGCUGACCCGGUCUCCUUUUAUCUAGCUUCUGGAAACUUUGAAGAGAUGUUUCAUGUGGAGCAGUGGAGUGGAGCUUUGACCGUGGAUAACCCUCUGGAUUAUGAAAGCAAAAAAGAACUUACCUUGUUGAUAGAAGCCAGGGACUCCGGCGCACCUCCUUUCUCAUCAUUUGCAGAAAUUCACAUAAACAUCAUCGAUGUAAAUGAUAACUUCCCUCAGUUCACCCAGGCUGAGUACAGGUGUGAGGUUUUUGAGAACUCCCCACCAUCCUGGGUUUGCGAUGUUCUCGCCAUUGACGCUGACUCAAGCAGCUACGGCACAGUGGAGUACAAUAUCACAGACGGAAACACUGAUGGUUUAUUCACAAUUGACCCGGAAGAUGGUUUACUGAGAACCACUGCAAAUUUAGACAGAGAAAAUACCCCCGAAUUCAAUUUAACAGUGGAAGCUGCCGAGCUAAACAACCCUCUUCAUAAAGACACAUCAACAAUUGUUGUUGCUGUGUUAGACCGAAAUGACAACUCACCUCGUUUUUCACAGAUUUUUCUCACGGAGGUGCCUGAAGACUCCCCUGUUGGACACACCGUCAUACAACUCACCUCAACUGAUGACGAUUCUGGUGCCAAUGCAGUGAUAAAUUACUCUUUAAUUGACCAAAGUGAUGAUCUUCCAUUUAAAAUAGACUUCACCACGGGCGACAUAACUGUUGAAACAUUUCUGGACAGGGAGAUGCAGGAUCGUUACAUCUUGAAAGUAAACGCAAAUGACUCAGCGUGGAGCAUUAGCACCGACGUAACUGUAGUCAUCACAGAUGUCAAUGAUAACCGACCAGUAUUUUCAGAUCAUUCUUACAGCAUUUACCUCCCUGAAACACAAGAUGAAGAGUCGUUUGUCAUGCAGAUUCUUGCUCUGGAUGCAGACAUAGGGAAAAACAGUGAUGUUUUGUACGUAAUUGAACCUCAGAAUGAGCGGUUUUGGGUGAACGCGUCCUCUGGUGAGAUCUAUACCAAGCAGCCACUGACAUUACACAAUUCUGCUUUUCAAAUCUACCAGUUUUCGGUUAUUGCAUUCGAUUGUGGCAGAGUUCCUCUGUACAGCAACACCACUGUCACUGUGAGAUUAGAACCAUUUAACCACUAUCCACCAAUGUUUUUACCUUUCCAGCCUCUGAUUGCUGUCCCCUAUCAUAUGCAUGUUGGUACUGAGGUGGUGCAGUUCACUGCGAUAGAUCAGGAUGUCAACAACACCAGUGUUGGUAUCAAAUAUCUUUUCAAUGGAGGUAAUGCAUCUGAUUUCUUCUGUAUCCAAGUCGAGAAUGGAAAGGUGAUGUUAAAUCAGAGCUUAAUAGACAGUGUGAAUUUGUCUUUCACAGUAUCAGUUAUUGCAAAAGAUCAGGGCACCCCGUCUUUGUCAUCACAGACUGACAUCACUUUUCAAAUUACUGGGAGAAAUCAAUUUCCUCCAGUCUUUAGAGAGUCUGAUGUUAUUUUCUCCGUCCCCGAGGACUUGCCGGUAGGAUCAGUGGUUGGGACAAUUCAUGCAGAAGAUGGAGAUUACGGUCCCAAUGGGGCCAUUGUGUACUGCAUUAAACCAGAAAAUCCCUAUUUGCCAUUCUCUGUGGGAGAAGCGUCUGGGCUGCUAACAUUGAUCAGAGAGCUUGAUUUUGAAAGAGAAGUUAUUCAUCACAUCCAAAUCAAAGCCCUGGAUGGAGGGUGGGUCUCUCAAACUGGCAUGUUGAAUAUUACAGUGGUGGUUGUGGAUGUGAACGACAAUCCUCCGGUCUUUUCCUCCUCACAGUACACAACGUCCGUGCCUGAAAACUCAGUAAUUGGAUCAAUUGUCCUAGUUGUGAAGGCUGUGGAUGCUGAUUCAGAUGAUCAAAUAUCCUACUCCCUUAUUGCUGGCCAUGUGGAUAAAUUUGCAAUUGAUUCAAGAAAUGGCACAAUCACCAAUUUGUAUGCCUUUGAUUUUGAGCAUGAGCGGAUCUUUGAUUUAACAGUCAAGUCGUCAAACAUUGAUAGUCAAGCUUUAUUUAGUUUGGCUCACAUUAUCAUACAAAUCUCGGACGUGAAUGAGUUCACACCCACAUUCAUCCAAAAAGAAUAUAACUUUUCUGUGUUUAAGAAUGUGCCUGUUGGAACUACGGUCGGAAGAGUAGUAGCUACGGAUAAUGACCAUGGAUCUGAAGGUCAGUUGUCUUACCUGAUGUUUGGUCCAAGCAAAUCCAUGGGCUUUGAAAUCAACCCAUUUUCGGGAGAAAUAUACACAACUGGCAAUUUGAGAAAACGAGGCAACAGUCACGUAGUUUUAAAAGUUCUGGCAAAGAACUCUGGUGUUAUUACUGGCAGGGACGUAGACGAAACAUUGGUCCACAUUAGUGUGGUCGACGCAAAUGAUUCACCCGCUUUCACCUCUGCACUUUAUUUGGCCAAUGUUGCAGAAAACAGCCCAGUUGGGACACCUCUGAUAACAGUGAGUGCUCUGGACGAGGAGUCCAUCCUGGACUGGAAUAGUUUCUUCUUCAGCAUUGAAAAUGGAAACAUCAAUUUCUCUUUUUCCAUUGAGCCAUCCAGUGGUGUUAUUUCAACAAACUCUCUACUUGACAGAGAACUCAGGUCAGUUUAUAAUCUGACUGUUGUAGCCACUGAUAAUGGUUCUCCACCAGCCACUGGGACUACUUAUGUCAUUGUGACUAUUGACGAUGUCAAUGACAAUGCUCCAAAACUCACAUUCACUGAAGCUCAAGUGAAGGAAAAUCAGCCUGAAGGUACCGUAGUUGCCAGAUUAAAUGCAUCUGAUUCAGACGUCCCGCCAAACGGGGGACCUUUUACUUAUAGGUUGGUAAAUUCUUCAAAAGCAAAUGCUUUUUUACUGACUCCUGAUGGAGUUUUAUAUACCACACGGACUAUUGAUCGGGAAGAAAUCAAUAUCUAUCACAUCCUCGUGGCUGUUACGGAUGCGGGGACCCCUUCGCUAUCAUCAACAACAACGAUCCACAUCAAGAUUGUGGAUGAAAACGAUAGCCCUUCCCAGCCUAGAAAUAUUGUGAUCGAGGUCAAAUAUUUUGGCAGUUCUUUCGAAGGAGGGAUGAUCGGUCACGUCCAUCCUGAGGAUAAGGAUGAGUCCGAUACAUUCAACUGCGCCAUCAAAAGCGGACAACUAAAUAUGUUUCUAAUACCCAAUGGUACAUGUGAACUGUGGUCUUCUCCGUUUCAAGGCGAGGCUACAUUUAAUAUCACAAUCGACGCUUCGGACCAGCUUCACUUCCCAGUCAACAACAGCAUCUAUGUGAACUACAAAGGUUUCACAAAUGCCUCAAUAGACAGCUGCAUAUUAUUCUAUGUGUCAUCGUCCUCAAUGGAAGAGUUUAUGUCUAAUAACUAUCUGCGGUUUGUCAAAGCUCUGGACAGUCUGUUUAACCUGCAGGCCUCUAAGACGCAUGUCUUUGGAAUCAAACAUAUUGGCAGUGACAUUAUUUUACUGGCUGCUGUAAAAAAUUACGACGGUCAAUAUCUUAGCAGAGAGGUAGCCAUUGGCAUCUCUAUAGGCCAUAAGAAAUUACUUGAGAGCCAUAGCAAUGUGACAAUAUCUCACAUCACGAGUGAUCCAUGUCUCGUUGGCCCUUGUGCAAAUGGGGCAGCAUGCAACAAAAACAUUUACAUCAGCCAGGAUGUUGCUGCUUUGGAAAGCUCGGCGGUCAUAUUUGUGUCACCGCAGAAAGAGAUUUUUAAUUGCUCUUGUCUAGCCGGCUUCACCGGGACUCUGUGUGAAGAUGACAUCAACGAAUGUGAGGUGAAUCCUUGUGAGAAUAGAGGCACGUGUGUGAAUACUCCAGGAAGUUUCUACUGUCACUGCCAAAGUGGUUUCUCUGGCUCUUUCUGCUCUGCUGAUGGAGAUGAAUGCCUGAAGCUCAAGUGCCAAAACGGGGGAACUUGCACUUUAACUCAGGGUGGAUAUCGCUGUCAUUGCUUCUUCGGAUUUGAGGGUAGACUUUUCUGUAUUAAAAAAAAAAAAGACAAUUAUAUUACUGUAGAAGAGAAUCCAGAAUCUUGUUUAAGUUUUUUUUUGUCUUUUCCAGGAGAAAUGUGUGAGCUCUUCAUUAACCACUGUAGAUCCGCCCCUUGUGUUCAGGGCAGCUGCAUCAAUUCACAGACAGGAUUCUCCUGCCGUUGUCCCUUCGGAGUAAGUGGAGUUCACUGUGAGGAGCACAGUUACGCCUUUGAGGAGCUUUCCUUCAUGGAGUUUCCCCCGUUGGAUCGCAGGACUAACGUGAUCUCUCUAGAGUUUGCGACAGUGCAGAGAAACUCCCUGCUCCUUUACAAUCCUGGAGGACCAUCCAGCAAGGAGUUCAUUGCACUGGAGAUACUGGAUGGGGCCAUACAUCUCUCUUUUGACCUGGGACCCGGACCAGUGAGGCUGCAGACACACAAGCAAGUGGCUGAUGGAUAUUUUCACAGUGUCACUGUUACAAGGAUUGGAAAUGUGAGUUUUGGAUAUGUCGACACAUAA